CCAAACGGAUUGUUUUACAGUCCAUACUCAAACUGUUUCUAUGCCAAUUUGCUCCAGCAUGCGUUUUAUUUAGGAUCAGUGAUCUUGAUUUUAUUUUAUUUUUUAUGUUUUCAUAUUAGUUUUUGACUUGAAUACCUUAUAACGUUAGUAGUAAACAUCUUCUUUGCGAACACAUUUGUACUUAUUCAGUCAGAAUGACUCAUAGCUGUCGUCUGCUUAGUGGUUUUUUAAUGAGUUGCAUCGGCUGGACUGGUAUUAUAAUAGCGACCUCGACAAACGAAUGGGUGCUGACCUGUAAGUACGGCAUGCACACCUGCAGGAAGAUGGAUGAGCUGGAGACCAAGGGCUUGUGGACCGAGUGUGUCAUCUCUACUGCUCAAUAUCACUGCAUCUCACUCAACCAGAUCCUCGAUAUACCAGCUUACAUCCAGACGUCGCGCGCUCUGAUGGUCUCCGCCUCUCUGCUCGGACUUCCCUCUCUGGCGCUCGUGCUGCUGGCGAUGCCGUGCUUCAAACUGAGCCAAGAGAGCGAAGACACCAAACACAGACGCGCAGUGCUGGGAGGACUCCUUAUACUCUUCAUAUCUCUGUGUGGGAUGGUGUCAACGGUGUGGUUCCCUAUUGGCGUGCUUCACGAGGACGGCCUGAUGUCGUUCGGAUUCUCUCUGUAUGCUGGCUGGGUCGGUUCAGCCCUUUGUUUUUUUGGCAGCUCUGUGAUGAUUUGCUGCUCAAGGGGUGAUGGCCCAAGUCAAAAUCUUGAAAACCGCUACUACUACUCAAAACACAGCGGCGUUACCAACUCCGGCCCUCCUAUAAACAGUCACGCCAAGAGCGCACAUGUGUGAGAGUGAAGACACACUGGAUAAGACCGCAGGCGCCUUACCUCAAGAUUUGAACACACACCAAUGAAAUAUGUGAAGAAUUUGUUUUCUACUGCCAUGGUUUGACUGCAAACAUGUGAAGAUUUGGCGGGAACAGAGAAUUCAGUGGAAACUGUUCUGUUCUUUUUUUUUGUGCUAAAACAGACGUUUGAACAUUUAAGGCUUUGUUUGAACAGACGUUGAAAUGAAUCCAAAGGGAAACAGCUCUCUUCUCCCUAGGCAUUUCAUUUUUCAUUGACUUUACAGUAUUUACACAGUAUUCAUUUUGCUCCUAUAUUUUAUUUUUACCAGCGACUUUAUGUUAUCUUGUGUAAAAGUUGUGAAUAUAAGCUUAUUAGCUAAUGCCAACAUUUAGGAAAGUAUGUACACCCAGACAGACAGAUAGAUAGAUAGACGGACAGGAAACCUGUGUGGUUGAAUGACCAGAUGUCAUCUGCACUGUUUUCCUGGAGACCUCCUCACAGCUUCCUGCAUACAACUUUCUAGGAAAUCAAAUUUGAUAUUUGAAAUAUCUGUAACAGGAAAACCGGUCAUUUUUUCUGGUCUCAUAUGGUCGGUGAUUGAUUAAUUGUGGUCAUGCAUUUUUUUUAUGUGCUGUUUGGGAGUUUGAGGACAUAAUACUUCUUAUACCGUCUACUUUGUUUGUUAUGCAUUUUACUUGUUCAAAAUCUCAUAAUACACAAAUUUAAUGUAUCUGAAUAAAAACAUGAACCUACAAUAUA